AUGUCUAGCGUCCAUAGACUUCCAAAUACCGGAUACAUUGCGAUGCAAGAAAUGUGUGAGAAGAUCCAAGAAAUGGCUAGACAAGUGAAUAUAUCGAUUUUAGCAGACGAUGAUACGGGGUAUGACAGCACCGUGAAUGUUAGACGAACGGUGGAAUCGUUUGCGAAAUCAGGACCUGCACGUGUUAUUAUUGAGGAUCAAGCGUGGCCAAAGCUUAUCAGGGUCUUUGCUAGUUCUUUCCUGGAAGGUUGUGGUCAUAUCAAAGGUAAAUCCGCUGGCUCUCGCGAAGACGCAUAUGCCCGAAUUCAAGCCGCCCAUGACGCUCGCGACCAAAGUCAGGAUAUUUUCAUUCUAGCACGCAUAGAUGCGAUCUUUGUCGAAGCACUUCUAGAUCGAAAUGCAAUGAAAAUGUGUAUGGCAGAGAUUGACAUGCCCAUGCUAACAAAUGUCAAUCAUCGAGGCGGGGGGGGAUGA